AGCCGAUUGAGCGGUUCCGUGACGUGAGAUCAACGUAUUUUAAAAUCGUUCAUCAAUCAUCACCAACACUAGAACAACAUUCAUUAUCUACAACCGCUCGUGCCAGGAAAUAAACUGUCGUUCAAACAAGAAUUAAAUAGAUCAAGAAUGGCACUCAAUUACACUCUUCAAGAUAUUAAUGCGGUUUAUUGGACACUAGAAUGCCCGACUGGUUAUUACUUUUACAAUGGAGAUCAAUUAUGCAAUCAAGAUGAUGUCGAUGUUGCUGCCACGGUAUCAAGUCAAAGCAAUUUGGGCAAGGAAGAAAGCAUUAAAUUUCAGACCCACUACAUUGCUCAGAAAAGUAAUUUUAAUUUGCUUUCACAAACUCCCUCGUCUGAUGUAUCUACAGAGAAGCUCAGAGCAUUUGGAAGGAAAUCCAAUGUGAUUGCUAUCAUACGGGAAACCCAUGAUGAACAACUAUUGGAAAUUUGGAAAAAUAACUACUUCGUGGACAUCAGUGUGGACCUUCAGCGGUUCGAUAAACAUGGGAAAGUCUACACUGAUGGUACUUUUGGUUGUCUGGAGUUCUCCCCUGAUGAAAAGUAUUUGGUGUAUUUGGCUGAGAAGAAAGAACCUAAAAAACAAUCUUUUCUUCAGUCUGGAGUGGCAGCUACAGUUGAAGGCUCAAAAGUGGGCUCCGAGUACGAUUUUGUUGAGGACUGGGGUGAACAGUUCGCCGGUAAAUCUCAACCAGUCAUUUGCAUAUUUAAAGUAAACUGGGAUCCUUUCCAGUCUGAAGAUUGUGUCCGAAUUUUGGAGGCCAGCGAGGAAUGGAGCCCGGGACAACUAAUCUGGUGUUCAAAUAAUCAACUGGCUGGUGUUGCUUGGUUCCACCAACCUCGUAGAUUGGAAAUUAUUUAUUGUUCUAAUCGACCAAGCCAAAUUUUCAAGGUCGACAUUUCCUCUGGCAAAUACGAUUGGUUUGGCUUAAAGACCAACACGGCCGCUUCACCGCGCCACCAUUCGGAAUCGGACACAAUUAUCUAUUUAUCGAGCUUAGCUUACGGACCUCAUCACAAGGAACAAAAGAUUUCGUCAAUUAGCUCUGACGGAACUGUUCGUCAGGUGGAAACUGGAACGAGCGAAUCAUACCAGGGAAUGUACAAUCAAUCGUUCCCAGAGCGGUGCUGGUCACCUGAUGGGAAAUUGGUCUUUUUUACAACACCGUGCAAAGGCAGCAUCCAGUCUUACGCGUUAAAUCUGGAUUCUUCCAACAUUUGCAAGCUUUCUCUCCCCGAAGGUUGCACUGGGAGUGUCGUACUUGAUGUUUUCCAAGACGUGAUACUCGUCUGUGGCGUCUCUUUGAUCAGACCUGAUCAGAUUUUCAUUGGCCGAUUCAAUUCUGACAAGAUAAACGAGGAGCCGAUAGAGUGGAAAUGCCUAACUGGAAAAAACGAAUUACCACCGACCCAAUCGCUCGCUUCUGAUUUGCUUUCGGUUAAGCUUCCUGGUGAUAUGGAAUAUGAAGCUAGCUUAAUCUACCCGAAGAAUCCAUCGAAAAAUACUCCUUUAGUCGUAGCUCCACAUGGUGGUCCUCACUCUGUCUCAACUGAUCAGUUCAAAGCGGAAGUUUACUUUUUCUCCCAGUUAGGUUACGCCGUGUUGUUGGUCAACUUCCGCGGGUCGACCGGAUUCGGUGAGAAAUCGCUUUACUCUCUACUGGGAAAAGUUGGAGAGCAAGACGUCCAGGAAGUGCACAACGCUACCGUUCAGAUGAUCGAGAAGCACUCUGAAUUCCUGGACAAGGAAUUGGUAUUUCUCUUCGGUGGGUCCCACGGAGGAUUCCUUGUCACACACUUGAGUGGUCAGUACCCCGAUUUCUAUCGGGCCGUCUCCACUCGCAAUCCCGUGAUCGAUAUUGCCACCAUGUUUCCCAUUACGGAUAUUGCCGACUGGACCAUUGUCGAAUCAAACCUUGGGGAUGGCAGUGAACUGGAGAAGCUGCUCGAACCGAAAACAUUUUCUAAAAUGUGGGAGCUUUCUCCCAUCAGAUACGUCAAACAGGUGAAAGCUCCUACUUUGCUGCUUGUGGGCAAAAUUGACCGUCGCGUGCCUCCAACUCAGUCGAUCGAAUACUAUCGUGCCCUGCAACUGCACGGAAUCAAAACCAGGAUGAUUAUGUAUGAAGAUUGUCAUUCGCUUAGUCAAGUCCCCGUCGAUACCGAUGCGCUUAUCAACACAGUUAUGUGGUUUCAACAAAGUUUGUAAUAGAUUAACCGAUUUACAAUUUCUAUUUUUCCUAUUCUAUAAUAUCACUAUGUUAUCCUCUUUGGCGGUUAGAAUACAAAUGGAAUGAUUA